CUACAAUGCUGUAAAUACGCUCGCGUGUAAAUAGACGUUCGGAGAAAAACAUUGAAGGAAGCUGCUUUGUCUCGGCAGCCGCACACGCACCGAAUCAGGAGGACAGGGCUGGGUGAUGCUCCCGCCCCCGGCCCCGCUCCCGGCCCCGGGCGGCGCGGCUGUGACUCGGCGCUGGAUUUCAGCGGCGCUUGGCAGGGCUCGGGGCUCCUCCCCCCGUGUGGUGUUACCCUCUCACUUGAUCAAAUCCUUGAACGUGAACAGUUUCACUGAAAAGCACUUUUGAAAAAAAAAAAAAAAAAUUAAAAAAAAAAAUCCACCAACACUACGGAACAGCAUCCAACUACCGGGCUGAGAGGAUUUGUUUGGUCUUUUUUUCCUUCUUUUCCUUUCAUUUCUAUUUUUUUUCCUUUCUUUUUAUUUUAUUUUUUUUCCCCUUUAUUUCCUCCGGUUACCGUCUCAGAGGCUGAGAAAGGGGGAAGAGAAAGAAGGAGGGCGAAAGAAAGAAGAACCUUUUGCAAAUAAUAAUAAUUAUAAUUAGAAGCCGGCCCCUUUCUCCUUUAAAAAAAAUUAAAAAGCCCUAAACGCAGCGCCUCGCCCCCCUCCCUCUCGGAGCCCCCCAACUCGCUCCGCAAAGGCAUGGAGAAGGGGACUAACUGCUUUCCGACCUGCCACACCGUUUUCCUCGCCUGGACAUGGCUUUUACUUCUCUCCUGGUGUUGCACCGGCGCCGAAAUAACUUGCAGAUCCUGCUCGUCUCCAUCGCCCUCCUGGCCGUCCUCCUCGUCUCGCCUUAGGCAGGAACAGCGACAGCCACCGCCGCCGACGCCGCGGGGAUUACGGAGCUGGCCGGGCGGCCGAGCGCGGGGUUCCACCGGGGCAACGGUGACGGCGGAGCCGCUGCCGGGCGGGCAGCCGAGGGGCCGCACGGGGCCGCGGGGCGAGGAGCCCCUCUCGGCUGGGGCGGGCGGCGGAGCGGCCGGGAGCCGGGAUUCGGCGACCCCACGGAGCAAGAGGAGCAGCGAAGGGCGCCCGGCGGAGGGCGGCGGUCGCGGGAUGCCCGCGGCCGAGGGGCAGCGCGGUGCCAGGGCUCAGCCCCGCGGACCGCCGGAGGAGGGGAGAGCGGCACGGCUACGGGGGGCUGAGGAGCUCCGGCUGGGCAGCACUACCUUUGCGCUCACUGGGGAUGCUGCUCACAACCAAGCUAUGGUGCACUGGUCCGGGCACAACAGCAGCGUGAUACUCAUUCUGACAAAGCUCUAUGACUUCAACUUGGGAAGUGUAACUGAGAGCUCACUGUGGAGGUCAACAGACUAUGGCACUACCUAUGAAAAGCUAAAUGACAAAGUAGGCCUGAAGACUGUGCUGAGCUACUUUUAUGUGUGUCCCACUAACAAGAGGAAGAUCAUGCUUCUCAGUGAUCCAGACAUUGAGAGCAGCAUUCUCAUCAGCUCUGAUGAAGGAGCUACAUACCAGAAGUACCGUCUGAACUUCUAUAUCCAAAGUCUGCUCUUUCAUCCCAAGCAGGAGGAGUGGAUCCUGGCUUACAGUCUGGAUCAAAAGCUGUACAGCUCUACUGACUUUGGAAGAAAAUGGCAGCUCAUGCAUGAGAGAGUCACUCCAAGCAGAUUUUACUGGUCUGUGAUGGGUUUGGAUAAAGAACCAGACCUUGUACAUAUGGAAGCCCGGACAGCUGAUGGACACACCCACUAUUUGACCUGUCGGAUCCAGGAAUGCUCAGAGACCAAAAGGAGUGGGCCAUUUUCACGCUCCAUUGACAUCAACUCCCUUGUUGUUCAGGAUGAAUAUAUCUUCAUCCAGGUGACAGCUGGUGGAAGAGCAAAUUACUAUGUGUCAUACAGACGGGAGCCUUUUGCACAGAUUAAAUUGCCCAAAUACUCUCUUCCUAAGGACAUGCAUAUUAUCAGCACAGCUGAGAAUCAGGUGUUUGCAGCUGUCCAAGAGUGGAACCAGAAUGAUACAUACAACCUGUAUGUUUCAGACACCCGAGGGAUUUAUUUCACUCUGGCCUUGGAAAAUGUGAAAAGCAGUAGAGGACUGGAGGGGAAUGUCAUGAUUGACCUUUAUGAGGUAGCAGGGAUCAAAGGCAUAUUUCUGGCUAACAAAAAAAUAGAUGACCAAGUCAAGACAUUCAUUACCUACAACAAGGGCAGAGACUGGCGUCUGCUGAAGGCACCAGACACCAAUCUGAGAGGCGAUCCUGUAGUCUGCCAACUGCCCUUUUGUUCAUUGCACUUGCAUCUGCAACUCUCAGAGAAUCCAUAUACUUCAGGAAGUAUUUCCAGUAAGGAGACAGCCCCUGGGCUGAUGGUGGCAGCAGGCAAUAUUGGCUCUGAGCUUUCCUACACUGAUGUUGGCAUGUUCAUCUCUUCUGACGGUGGGAAUUCCUGGAGACAGAUCUUUGAGGAGGAGUAUAACGUGUGGUUUCUGGACUGGGGAGGGGCACUAGUGGCCCUGAAACACACAUCAAUGCCCGUCCGACACUUGUGGGUGAGUUUUGAUGAGGGAAGAUCCUGGAGUAAAUACAGUUUCACAUCAACCCCACUUUUUGUGGAUGGAUCCCUUGUAGAUCCUGGCAUAGAGACUCAGAUAAUGACAAUUUUUGGGCACUUCAGUCUCCGUUCUGAAUGGCAGCUGGUCAAGGUGGACUACAAGCCUAUCUUCAACCGAAGGUGUAACAAAGAUGAUUACCAAACCUGGCAUUUGCACAAUCAGGGGGAACCUUGUGUCAUGGGAGAGAGGAAGAUCUAUAAAAAACGCAAGCCUGGGUCUCAGUGUUCCCUGGGUCGAGACUAUUCCCGAACUGUGGUAUCUGAACCAUGCGUCUGUGGUCAAGGGGACUUUGAAUGUGACUACGGCUAUGAGAGGCACAACAACAACCAGUGUAUCCCAGCCUUCUGGUUCAGUCCGUCCUCCCUGUCCAAGGAGUGCAACAUUGGUCAAAGCUAUCUGAACAGCACUGGAUACCGAAGGAUUGUGUCCAACAACUGCACAGAUGGCUUGCGGGAGAAGUAUAAGGCCAAGGUGGAGAAGUGCCCUGGAAAAGCACCGCGAGGACUGCAUAUCCUCACCAGUGAUGGAAAGUUGGUCACAGAGCUGGGGCACAAUGCCACCUUCAUCAUCCUUAUGGAAGAGGGUGAUCUCCAGAGGACUAAUAUUCAACUUGAUUUUGGGGAUGGCAUCGCGGUAUCCUAUGCAAAUUUCAGCCCUGUUGAGGAUGGCAUCCGGCAUGUAUAUAAGAGUGCUGGAAUCUUCCAGGUGACAGCAUAUGCAGAAAACAGCCUGGGCUCUGACACUGCUGUCCUCUUCCUGCACGUGGUUUGUCCAGUGGAGCAUGUCCAUCUGAGUGUCCCUUUUGUUGCAAUCAAGAAUAAGGAUGUCAACAUUACUGCAGUAGUUUGGCCCAGUCAAGCAGGCACACUUACCUACUUCUGGUGGUUUGGUAACAGCACCAAGCCCCUCAUCACUCUGGAGAGCAGCAUCUCCUACAUCUUCAGUGAGGAGGGGAUGAACACUGUCACUGUGCAGGUUGCUGCAGGCAACACCCUCAUUCAAGACACCAAGGAGAUUGCAGUACACGAGUAUUUCCAAUCUCAGCUCCUCUCAUUUUCUCCUAACUUGGACUACCACAACCCUGACAUCCCUGAGUGGAGACAAGAUAUUGGCAAAGUCAUCAGGAGAGCUUUAGCACAGGUGACUGGUAUUCCUGAUGAACAAAUCUUGGUAGCUGUAUUUCCUGGGUUGCCUACUUCUGCUGAGCUCUUUGUGCUACCCCGUAAAAACUCAACAGAGAGGAGGAAAAGCAGCGAAGCUGAUCUGGAGCAGGUUGUUGAAAUCCUUUUCAACGCUCUCAAUCAGAACCUGGUCCAGUUUGAACUGAAACCUGGUGUUGAAGUCAUUGUGUAUGUCACUCAGUUAACAUUAGCACCCCUUGUUGAUUCCAGCACAGGUCACAGCAGUUCGGCGAUGCUGAUGUUGUUGUCUGUGGUGUUUGUAGGCUUGGCUGUUUUUUUAAUCUACAAGUUUAAGAGGAAAAUCCCUUGGAUUAAUAUCUAUGCCCAAGUUCAGCAUGACAAGGAGCAGGAAAUGAUUGGUUCUGUCAGCCAAAGUGAAAAUGCACCCAAAAUCACUCUGAGUGAGUUCACAGACCCUGAAGAGCUGAUGGACAAAGAGCUGGACACGCGAGUGAUGGGAAGUAUCUCAACUAUUGCCAACAGUGAAAGCACAAAGGAAAUCCCCAACUGCACUAGUGUUUAAUACUGAGAAUCCUCUUGGUCUACAAAAUUUCUGACUUUUUAUUUGUAAUUAUUAUUGUUAUAAUUAUUAUUAUUAUUAUGAAAAAAGAGAGUUAUAUGUCAUUAUUAUCAUUUGGGAGGGGUUGGGGGUGGGCUUUUUCUGUUUACCAGGGCUGCAUUCAUAAAUAGCAGGUUUCUUCAUACUUGGGAAAUGCCCAUUGGAUCAGAAAUAAAAAGCAAAGAAUGAGAGAAGUGUGCAAUGGGAUUUGAAUGCUCGACUCCUCUUAAAUACAGAAUAGGAAUUAAGUAUUCAAAUACGGUAGGAAGAUAUGGUACCUUAGGCAAGGUAAAUGUAGGUAAAUGAUCCCUUUUCUGAUCUUUUUGUGAGUCAUGAAUCAUCUGAUUCAUCCUGCCAGAAGGCUUAGGCUGGGCUGUUGGACCACAGUCUGCAACCUGCCAACAGCCCUCACAUUGGAGUGACGUGCAUGUCUCAGCUUUUUGCAGGAUCCUGCCUUUUUGUAAUUGCUUUUAAUUUCAGUCACCCUCUGGCAUUGUUGACUGCUGAGAAAGGGGAAAAAUAAAUUCAGAGCAUGCACAUCAGUAUUCCUUGGACUGUGGAUUGGCUGGAGGGGACAGCACCACAAGCAAUGAAGAAACAUGCUUGAGUUUAUGAAUGCAGCUCAAACGCCAUGCAUGUGAAUAGCAAGGAUGCCGAAGGCCUACUGUAGAUAAUUACGAUGUACAUAGCUUUUUAUUUCUUAGGAGAUAAUUUAAUGUUUAGUAAAGGAAGAUAUGUUUAAAACAAAACCUGAACCACACACACACAUGAACACACACACCCCACCCAAACAGGGACUGUGGUGAGCACUUAAAUCACACUUUGGUUCCAAGUGUGUUCCAGUUGUCUGUCAUAUUUCAAUCAGUACCAUUUAUUUCUUUGUGUAUAACUGCAAAUCUUUUUUUUUUUUUUUUUUUUAAAGAUUAUUAUUUCUUAUGAUGGAGCAGAAAAAGACUUUAUCAGGACAGACUGUGAAUCUGUCAUGAAUAUUUUAAUGAUGUUCAUCAUCUACUCACCUCUAUCACUGUUGUUCACUUCUGAGAAGGCUCUUGAUGACAUCAGCUGGGGAAGAUGAGGAAAACAAACAGAAAAUGAUCACAAUCUCAUUGUGCACAAACAUCAUUGUGUUUACACCUCCUUGUGUAACAUCACCUCAACAGUGGGUCUGUCUGCAGUACCUUUAUUUCCAGUGAUGUCAUAUAUUUAAGAGUUAAGCUGGUGAAGUAAAUGCUUUUCAGGAUGUGUAAGAGAUUUUAGCUGAACAAGACAUGUGUUUAGGGACUACUCUUUGGCUAAGAGGAUGUGUAGUCUGAUCUGAGUAAGGAAAGGUCUUGUGAGUGCUGCAGAAUGGCUGCACCCAGUUCUGGAUGGAAAUGCUGUUGGAGUAAUUUUUGUGUACUGGAUUGGUCGAUCGUUUCUGAUCAGUACAGGGAGGUUCACGAAGAAAAAUGUUAGUAAAAAAAGCUCGUAAAGGAUCCAUCUCUCACCUAACUGAGUUGAGGAUAGUCCCAGUAGUGAUGGGAUUUUGAUGCAAGUGACUUAGUGGUGAGUAGCUUUUAUCCACCUUUCAUGAGUUGGUGAUGCUAAAAGUGGGCUUUAUUCAGUGGAGUGAUGAGUUAUAAGGCCUAAUCAGAGUGGAAGGAAGAUUGGAGAACUGGUAGAUUUGCAAGAGCAGGCAGAAACAAGGUCAGGUGCCAAUCUGAAUACAGGACAUUGGUGUGGGUGGACUGAAAUGGGAAGAUGAGUAGACUUUAGUCCUUUCUUGCUACCUCUCUUCAUUGCAACAUGCUGGCUACAAAUUAGCCUCAGCUCCACCUGUCCAUUCUGUUAAGGGCUGGAAGGUCUUUUCAGGAUCCUAAUGCUGAUAUCUCUUCAAAAGGGAUAAAAACAGUGGUUAAGCAUAGUUUUGCUGAAAGAAUAGGGGGGUAUUUCAAGUUUAAAAUUAUAAAACCAAAAUGUAGCAAACUAUUUUUUUGUGUGAAAUAGUAAAGCUAAAUAUUCUCACUUCUUCUGCUCCUCCAUUUCAAUAAGGUUUGUGGGCCUUUUGUGGUUUAAAAAGAAUUCUUUUUUUCUUUGCUCCCUCACUUUUCUGCUCUAGUUUCAAACAUAAGCUGGAGAGUGAUGGCUGUGUUUUUCUAUUUAAACUUAAGUUUCCAUCCAUCACAUGCGCAUAAACUGUUGCUACUGUCUCUGUUCUACUGAAACACCAAAGUAGUUUAUAGUAAUGGCCCAAUCUGGUAAUAACAGUGUUAGUGCAAGGUCAUAGCUUCCCAUUUAGACAUAGAUGGGAGGGAUGUACAUAAACAAUGGUCCUGUGGGCCUUGAGCUAAACUGUGGGCUGAUCUCAGUCUUUGUUGAUCAUUAGGAUUUGAGGGACUGCUUUUGUGAGCUGCUGCAAAGGACUAAAUGAGAAAUUAUUUUCCAUAUAAUUUCUAAACUGGGAAACAGAGUGAAAAUGUUCAGUGUUGUUUCAGAUUUUCUAAGUUUUACACAGAAACAAGCUUGUGUUCAUUCAAAAGGGAAGGUUUGGGAUUACAGUUUUCACAAGUUCUUUUCACAGCUUUUUUUUUUUUUUUUUUCUCCUCCAAUUUCUCCAUCUACACUCUUGAAGAUGCAAUGCAGAGUAUGUUAAAAUAACUCAUCAGAUAGGAGGAAUCAGGGAGGAAAAAUCGGUAUUUACAUGAAGAAAAAAAAAAAGGAAAUAUUUCACAAGAAAAAAGGAAUUAACCUCAAUGGGGGGAGGGGGGGGGGGGGAGAACUUUCUAAAUGAUACAGAUAAUUUUUUUUUAGAGAAACUGCUGUCCAGAGAACUAGUUUUAAUCAAGGAUUAUCCUACAGUUGCUCCAAAGCAAACAAACAAUAAACAGGGAGCCAAAAUUAAAUGCCAAAAAGAACUUGCCUGGUUCUUGAUUUGACUCAAAC